AUGAAAGAAGUAUAUUACCCCUUACCGAAAGAAGGCGAUACUACAUAUAUAAAAAAUGCAAGGAUAGAUGGUUGUAUGCAAGAUGAUGGAUUAAAUGAUUAUAUAAAGGGCGCAAAUCAUUAUGUGUUUCGUGAAAUAUACUUGUUAAGAAAUAUAUAUAUUAAGAAACAUAUUAUAUUGUAUUUUUUGAGGAAUAUUUUAAAUAUUAGCAAAUUAAAUAACUCAAAAUUUGAAUUAACUAAUAUAUCAAGAGAUAAAAAUUUAAAAAAAAUAUUAUCGGAAUAUUCUUUUCUGAUUUAUAAUUAUUCAAAAAUGUAUAAAAAUGAUAAAGAAUUGUUAAAUUUCUAUAUUAAUUGUUACAAUAUAUAUAAUAAUAUAAUAUGUAUAAACAAUGCCAAAUCUUAUAUUAACAUUAGCAUACACAAAAACAGUGAUAGAAAUCAUUUUAAUUCAAACAAUAUGCCAAAUAAAGAUUGUGAUAAUAAUAUUAUAAAUUAUAGUGAUUAUACUUUUUAUCAUAAGCCUUAUUUUGCAUUUUCAAGGAAAAUAGAAAUAAAUAAUAAGAAGAAAAUUUCAUUUUUAUUUGUAAAUAAAUGUAAAUUUUACGUUUUAUGCAUUUCUUCGAAUUUUAAUAAAAAAAAUGAUACUGAUUAUUUGCAAGGAGUAUGCAACCUUUUAGAUAAACAUAGUAAAUUACAAAACAUAUCAGAAUUAUAUAUAUGUAAAGAUAAAUCAUAUAAUUUUUUAUACAUGAAUAUAUUAGAAGAUUACCAAACCGAUAUAAUAAAACUGUUAGAAAUAAUUUUAUUCUCUGUUUCUAGUAUAGUAUCGAAUUUUCUUAAUGCCAUAACAAAUUUAUUAAAAGUUAUAAUAAUAAAAGCAACUAUAAUUAUGUAUUAUUUUUCUAUUUUAAAUUACAAGGGAUCGAAUUUAUUCAUUACUUAUAAUUGCUCUAAUAUGAGCACAAAGGAUAAAGACCUUUUUAUAUCUUUAUUUUGUUAUAGUCAUAAUAAAAACUACUUCAAAAACAAUUGCAAAACGCUAAAUGAUUCUUAUAAUAACGAUUUGCAAGUUUCUGAUAAAAUAUUGCUAUAUUCUGAAAAUAAUUUUUUUAAUACCUCACUCUUCAUUGCUAAUAAUUUAAUCAAAUUGAUAAAAAAAAAUUAUCAUUAUAAUUUUUUUUUCGACAUAUUGCAUUCCUCUAAUUUUUGGAAAUACACAGAAAAAAUAAACAAAAAUUACAGCAACAAAUUCGAUAGAUGCAAUAGUUGGAAUAAAAGAAAAAAUAUGAUUAAUUAUUUUUCCAGUAAAUAUUAUAAUAGUGUGCUUCAAAAAAAUGGUUGUAUACAAUUGCCUUUUUUAUUUUUCUAUUAUUAUAAUAUAUUAAAUAAAAUUAUUAAUAUAUUAAAGACACAUAUAUUAGAAAAUUUAUCAUACUAUGAUUGGAAUAAUAACAGUAAUUAUAAUGUCAUAUCUUAUAUCAGUAUUUAUCGAAUUUUUUUGUGUGCUAAUAUAGAUAACGGGAUAAAGAAAUAUUUAUGUUUAAUCUUGAAAAUUUUCAAUGCAUAUAAUAAUAUGAGAUUAACUAUUAUAGAAUAUUUCAAGAAUAUUGAGAUUUCCAUUAAUGUGCUAAAAUAUAGUUAUAGUUACAAUAAUUCUAGAAUGCGAAUAAAUAUUAAUUCGACAUCAAUAAUACCGAUCAAAGCAAUAUUCAAAAAAUUAAAAUUUUUGUUAAUAACCAUAUUUACUAUUGCUAAUUAUGUUAAAGUAAACAUGAUGAUUCAUUUUUGUAAUUAUUUUAUAAAUUAUUCAAGAUUAUUUGUUUCGUUUUUGUUUUUGUUCUUAUUUUUGUAUGAAUAUAUUAUUAUUCAUAGAUUCAAAUAUAUUUCUAUACACAAAAAUAAACCAAACAAUCGAGAAUUUAAUAUUAAUACUUGCAAUAAUAACAUAUAUGAACACAUCCGAUAUAAUACUGAGCAAAUUUGUAUUUGUGAUAAUAUUAUAAAUAAAGAUAAUAUGUCAUUAUUUUUCCCUUUUGUAAAUAAUUUAAUAAUAAUUUUAUUUUUUUUAUUAUUAAACAAAUUGAAUGAAGAAAAAAGCAAGACAAUAAUAACUAAUGCAAUGUUGAGUUAUUUACAUUUUAUUUAUUCACAUUUUAAUCAGGAUAUUAAUUAUGUUAAUAAUAGUUUUAGAAAUGAAAUCAAAAAUAUUUUAUUUUAUUUCUAUCAUAAAUUUGUUAAUAUAAUUAGUAUAAAAAAUGAGGAUAAAAUAAAAAAACAAACUUAUUUAGGAUGCGCCAUAAUAUUAGAAAAUUAUUAUAUAUAUAUUAAAUUAACUUAUUUUUUUUGUGUAAUCAUAUAUUUAUUUUUAUCAUCCUUUGUUUUGUAUACUUUAAUUUUAAUUUCAAUCAAAAUAAACCUAAAUAAGUAUAAUUAUCCCCUUCACAUAUAUUUAUAUAUAUAUAUGUGUAUUUUCCAAAAUGAAGAUAAAACAGAGAAGAAUGACAAACAAAAAAAAAAUUAUAUCAUUUUAACUUAUCAUUUUUUUGUUCAUUCAGUUAUUUAUAUAUUUCACAAAUACAGAAAAUUUAUUAUUCAAGCCAUUGUUAACAAUUGUAUGAACAAAUCAAAAUCAUAUUUUAACGUUGGAAAAAUAUAUAACAUAAAAAAUUAUUUAUUGAUUCAAAAUUAUAAAAUUUAUUUUAUUAUUCAAACAUUUUUGGAACAUUUCCAUUGUUUCAUUGUAGCAAUGGCCUCUUUGUGUACAACGGCUAAUUUCGUUUCACCUCUCAAACCGAAAAAAAAAAUCAAAACGAAAAAUAUGAAAAAAAAUAAUAAAAUUUCAAAAGCAAAUAAACAUAUCAUAAUCAAUCACACCCCUAUUGAUAUGCUUAAACAAAAUCCAAAUAUAUCUACACUUAAUAAAUUGCAAUUAUUUCCCCAUAAAAUGCUAAAUUUAGCAAAUGUCAAUAUAAAUUAUAAUAAUAAAAAUGAUUCUAAUUCCAUUAAUACAAACCGAAAUGUUCAUUCGUCUAUGGAUAGCAACGAAACUAACAACGAAUUGAGUAACAAUGAGGUUGGACAGAAUGAUGCGAAUAAUGAAACGAGUAAUAAUGAAAUUGGACAAAAUGAUACAAAUAACGAGCCUAGUAAUAGUGAAGCUGGAAACGCAACCAAUGGGGUUGGAAAAGAUGGCCAAGGGGAAGGGGAAGGAGAAGAAGAUGAUGAUGGUGAUGAUGAUAAAAAAAAGGAAGAUGAUUUAAAUGGUGAAAUAUGUGAUAAUAUUAUGGUAGAUAAUAAAACCGAUAAAGUUAAAAAAGGAAGAAAAAAAAAAUUAAAUGAUAAAAGUCGAAUAAUAAAUAAAGUUGGAUUGGGAAGGAAGGGAAGAAGAAGAUUGGAUUUAAUAAAUAAUAGAGAUGAAAAUAAUAUGGGAUUAAAAAAUUAUUAUAAUUCUAAUUAUAUAAAUGAGAUAAAUAAUCAAAAUUUUAUACAAAAUAAUAAUAUUGAUGAAAUAAAUGUACACGAUAAUAUUAAUAAUACUAAUAUAAAAACUGUUAAUUAUUCUAGUAAGGUGGGAAAGGAUAUAGUCAAUCAAUUACCUAAUCAAUUAAACAGUAAUUUUAAUAUAUACCAAAAUAAUCGAAUUAAUAUGCAAUUUCCACCAAAUUAUAUUAAUCAAAAUAAUUUAAAUAUGAACAAUAUUAUUGGUGUAAAACAAAUUCCUUCAAAUAUAAAUAAUAUCAAUGGUAAUUUUAGAAAUAACAUAAUUAAAAAUAGUUAUAAUCAGAUUAAUAGAAAUAUCGCAAAUCCUAUUAAUCAUCAAAUUAAUGCUAAUAACAAUAUUCCAAAUUAUAAUGUCUAUAUGGCUCUUCAAAAAGGAGGAAUGUCUAAUAAUAUUAUUGGAAAUUCGAUUAAUAAAGUUAAUUAUCGCAUGAACAAUUCAGUAAACUAUAAUAAUAUAUAUUCUAACAUAAACAAUUCUAAUCAAUUUUCAAAUGUUAAUAAUCCUAAAAUAAAUAAUAUGAACAUAUAUGUAGACCAUUUUAAUAAAAAAAAUAAUUUAAAUAUUCCUUUAGGAACUAACAACAAUCCUUCUCUUUUACCAACUCAAAUAAAUAGCCAAUUAGGAAAUAAUAUAACAAAUAAACCAGAUUCUGCUCAAUUAAUUAGCCCAAUGAACAAACUUAUGAAUGAUCAAACACAUGGUCAUAUAGACAACCAAAUGUUAAAUCCCAAACAAAUGAAUUUUAUGAAUAAUCAUAAUAUAUCUACUUUAAAUAAUUUUAAUAACAAUGUAUCGAAUAUGAUAAGUAAUAACUACAUUAAUCAAAAUCCAUACAAACCUAUCUCUAUAGGGUCCAAUACAUAUAGUGGAGUUAACAAAAACAAAAUGAAUGAAAAUAUAAUUAUAAACAAUAGCAACAAUAUAUAUAUGAAUAAUGUUUUAUUACGUGAUAAAGUUAUAGAAAAUAAUAAAAUUGCAAAUAACAAUAAUAUGUCUAAUAUUGCUAUAAAUACCGAUACAAGAAGGAAUAAUUUAUUAGGUUUAAAUAUGAUAAACAAUAAUAAUGAUGCAAAUGUUAUUAACAACGAACCAACUGAAAUGAAUGGAAUGAAAACUGGAAUCGAUAAAUAUUCAAAUAUAUCCAAUAAUAUCAAUAACACAAAUCAGAUAAGAAAAAACGGAAGUAGAAGCAGCAGUUGUAGUAGCGUUAAUAAUGAGAUAGUAAAUGAAAAGCCAACCAAUAUAAAUCCAAAUAUAAUGGGAUCAAUGAUUUAUAUGAAUAAUAGAAAUAUAAAAAAUGAGCAAAUGGAAAAAAUGAUAAUAUAUGAUAAUAUGGGAAUAAAAAAUGAAGAAAAUCAAUCUACUGAUAUACAUAAUCGAAAUAUAGUUGGUAAUAUUUCUAGUAAUAUAUUUUAUGGAUAUAAUAAUAAUAUUCUUAUUCAUCCAUAUUUCAAUAACACGCGUGUAACAACUAUGAGGAAUCGAGUUUCUUUUGGGGAAAAUAAUAACAGAAAUGUUGAUAUGUAUGAUUCUGAACAAAUGAGCAAAGGAAACAUUUUAAAUAAUAAUUACAUAACUAAUAUGGAAUCAUAUAAUGAUUAUAAUUUUCACAAAAACAAACAUAUAAAUACUGCAAAUAAUACAAAUUUAAAAAAAAAAAAAAAAAAUGAUAUGAAAAAAAAAAAAGACGAAGAAAUGGCUAAUAAUCAGAAUUUAAGAACUGUAAAAAUGAAUUGGAAUAAAUUUGAUAAUAUAUUUAGAAAAAUUAAUUUAAAAAAUAAUUAUGACCACAUUAUAAAUACUGAGGAAGAAGAUAAAAUAAAUGAUUUAACCGAUUUAGAAAAAGAAAAUUCUAAAGUCGAAAAUAUCAAUAAUAAUAUUAUUGAUUCUAUAGGUAUAAAUAUAGAUGCCCAAUUAAAUAUUAAUUUUCAUAAAUUCUUAAAAGAAUAUGAUGAUAUAUUAAAAAAAUUAAACUUAAUAAAAUUGAAUGAUAAGGCAAGCUUUAAAAAUCAAAGUUAUACUGAAAUAUAUGAAAACAUAUUUUUAACAAUAGAAAGCUAUUUAAACAUAUCUAAUUUACAAUAUAAAAACAAUUUUGUUCAUACAAAUUUUUACAAAAACUGUAUUAAAUAUUUAGAUAAAAUAAAACCAGAAGAAAGUGAAAAAAAUGCAAACACAGUUAAAGGAUCCAAAGAACGAAACAUAAACAAUUCUAACGAAAAAAAUAACAAUAAUGAUGAAGAAAAUUGUAUUAAUAAAAAAAAAUCAAACUUUUUCGAAAGUAUUUCUUUGAGUGCUGAUAAUAGUACUGUUUUAAGAAACUUGUUAAAAAAAAUUAAAGACAUUGAACAAAUUGAAAAUAAUCAAGAUAUUUCGUUAGGAAAAAAUAACAAAAUUGAAUCAACAAAAGGAAAAAGUAACAUAACUGAAUUUGACCUUUUUAAUCAAAAAAGAAUUCAGCUUAAACUUCAUGAAAAUGAGAAUGAACCUGAUAUCGAAAUUUCUAAUAUUUUAAUUAAUAAUAUAGAUAAUAAAAAUUCGAUACAUAAUAAUGUGUCAAACUUUUCUGGAAUUAAUAAUUUUUGUUUAAAUGAAAAUAAUCAAUCUAUUAUGGAUGGUAAAAAAACAGUUAUGGAUGAAAAAAAUAUAGCAUAUCAGAAUUUAUUCAUAGAAAAUAUUUUAUCAAAAAAAUAUAGAACAUUUUCUAUCAAUGAAUUCAUUAAUGUGAAAUUAAAUGAUAACUUAUGUGAAUUAAUUAGAAUUUAUAAAAAAAAUUUAUGUUAUAAUAUUAAAAAAAGUUUUAAAAAAAAUAUAAAUUAUAUAAAAAUUUAUCGAUGGCUUAGAUCUAAUGUAAAAAAUAAAUACAUCAAAAAAAAUAAUAAAUUAAAAAAUAAUCGAUUAAUCAAAAAAAGAAAAAAAAAAAUUAUCAAACAGUUUAAGGAAUAUAUUCAUAGUGAAAUGUAUUCUGGAAAAAAUUAUGCGAAUUUAUUUGAAGGUAUUUAUAAAAUCCCAAAUAUUCAAAGAAUAAAAAUAAAUAACAAUCAAAUCGAUCCUAAUAAAAUUGGUGUGGGGGAUGAUAUAUCCCUUCUUCCUUUUAACACAGGAAAGACAAAAAAAGGUGUAAAUAGUUCUCCAAAUAUUAACAACUUUAUUGAAGCAUCUAAAUUAGAUGCAGAGAAUAACACAAAUGAUGGAAAUUUAUUGUUAUCUGGAAAAGAGGAAAUGACAGACUCCAAAAUUGUUUCUAAUUUUUUAAUAAAAAAAGCGAAAAAUGAAAAACAAGAAACAAAAAAAAAUAGAAAAAAUAAUAAAAUCACUUGUAAAUUGAAAUCGAGUUUGGAAAAAAAACAAAAUGAAAAUGUUAAUAUAUAUAUUCAAAAAGAAAUAAAAAAAAAAAAUCCCCAAAAUUCAAAAAUAAAUUAUUGCAGAAACUUAUCUAUUCAUGCAUAUAUAGACAAAAUGUAUAAUAAGAGAAAUAUAAAACGAAUAAAAAAAUAUAAAAAAAAUAUUAAUAUGAAAUAUAAAUCAAAUGCAAUCAUUGAUUUAGGAAAUAAAAUUGUAUGGGUUUCUUUCGAAUUUAAUAAUUUAAAUUCUUUAAAAAAUAUAAAAAACUAUUUAUUUGAAACUAUCUCAUUAACAAACAUUCAAAAUAAAAACCAUUCAGAAAAUGAAUUAAAUAAUUUUAUUAUUAAUGAAAUGGAAAAAUAUAAAAAUGUAAAAAUCAAGUUUUAUAAGCUUUUAUCAUACUUUGAUUUUAUGUUUCUAAAAAAUCGAUUAAAUUUUGUCAAAGUCCAAUAUAAAAAAAAAACUCAUAACUCAUUUCCUAUAAUCAAAAAUGAUUCUAUAAAAAAAGAAAAGCAUAUCUUUAGUUUAAUAAAUUAUAAAAAAACAAGUAUAGAUGAUAAUAAUUCCAUGAUUAUUAAGAAUCAGCAAAAUGAAAAUCAAAAUAACAAUCAUAUUACUAAAGAAAUUAUUUUAAAUAACGGACCAAAUGAAAACGAUAAAAUUUCUUCGAUUGAUAAUAUCACUGAAUCUAAUUUAAGCAAUCUAGAAAAUAACAAUGUUCAACAAAAAAAUGAGAAAAUUGAAAAUAAUUCUAAAAUAUUUAAUAAAAAAGAUAUGCUGAAAAAAAAUUUACAAGAAUAUAUAGAAUUGUUUCCAAUUAUUGACAAAAAAAAACUUAACUCAUAUAUUAAUUUGAAUUUAAAUAUAGAUAAUAAUGAUAUUGAAAAUAUAUCAAAUAAAUUUAAUGGUGAAAAUAUUUUUGGAGAAUCGAAUUUAAAUUUUAUUACAAAAUAUUUAAAUAAAAAUAUGAAAAUGGAAAGUGCUGAUUUAUGCAAAGUACCCCUUGAAAAAUCAAAUGAAAAAGAUGAUUCUUAUGAUCAUUAUGAAAAUAGAUUCAAACAUUUUAUAAAUAACGAAAACAUUAUUUAUAAUAAUUCAAUGCUUAUUGAUAAUUGUAUAUGGUCUAAUAAUCCAAUUCUUUUUAAUAUUUUUGAAAAAUAUUAUUUAUUAGUUAAAAUGCAAAAAUAUAUAUUACAAUAUAAAAAAUGCUUAAAAAAUAAUAUUAAAAUGGAUUUAUGUUCAGAAUCAAAUUUAGAUUUACAUUCAAGUUCUACAUCUGACAAUGUUAAAACUAUAAAACGAUUAUCUAAAGGUAAAAAUAAUAAAGGAGAAAAUUUAUCAAAUUUAUUAUUUCGAAAUAAUCAAAAAUUCGAGUUUGAUAUUGAUAAUAAUUUUAUCAAAACACAACUUGAUUAUACUGGUACAAAUUAUGUUGAUGUAAGAAAACGAAGAAUAUCAAAAGGGGGCUCCUUAUUAAUUGAUUUAAAAGAAAAAGUUGAUACAUCUAAUUGUUCAGAAAAAAUGGAAGAUCCAGAUCAAACAGGUUCUAUUCAUAAUUUGGUAAAUAACGAACUGAUUAACAAUCUUGAUAGUCUAAAUCGUAAAGAAAGCAAUAACAUUGAACAAGAUAAACAAAUAACAGAUGCAGAUUCUAAUACGUUAAUUCAAGAUGAAAAAAAAAUAAUAGAUAAUCAAGAAAACGCACUAAAACAAAAUAAAGAAAACGAUGAUAAUAACAUAGAUGCCAAUGAAACUUUAGAUAAUAUAAAAGUAAAUGCAAAUAAUAAAAAUGAAAAUCAUGAUCAAGAAGCUAUUAAAAGUUCUAAUAUUAUUAAUGAGCAAAAAGAAAAAACAAAUAUUAAUGCCGAAUUUUAUACCACAUUUAGAGGCUUAGAAAGUUCGCAUGUAAAAAAUAUAAUUAAUGAAUUUGAUAAUAAAGAAACACAAUAUGAAGAAUACAAUAACAUUGAUAUAAUAAACACAAAAGGAAGAAGAAAUGAAUUUAUGAGAAGUAAUAGACAAGAUAAUAUUAGAAAAAAUAUUUUAAUAAAUACUAAAAUUAAAAAAGAAGAAGCUUUUAAUGGAAUAAAUGAAAAUAAUGUAGAAGUAUCAGAAAAAAAAAGGCGUGGAAGAAAAAAAGGAAAAAAACGAGGUAGGAAAAAGGGUGUUAAAAAUAAAAGUAAAUUAUUUAUAAAUGAAAUGAAUCAAUCAAAUUUUAAUAAUAACAAACAAACAAAUUUUAAUGGAAAUUUCACAUCUUAUGAUAAUUAUAAAAAUAAUUCAUUGUCACAUAUGUCUAAAGAACAGAUUAAUCAAUUAGAAGCACAGAAUGAAAAUGAUAUAUUAGAUUCUGAUAUAGUACCAAUAGAUAAAGAUAUCAUAAUAGAUUUAUUAUGUGAAGAAGAUGAAUUAAUAGAAAGUUAUAUUAAACAUUCUAGAUUUGUAGAUAAAAAUUUAGUGUGUUUAUUAAUUAAUAUGAAUAAUGUACAGAAAAAAUUAAGUUUUAUAUGUAACGAAUUGUUAAAAAAAAUAAUAAAUGAAAAUAAAAUGCCCCCCAAAAUAUCAGAAAAUACUAAAAAAUGUGAAGAAAUAACUUAUAAAUAUAUUAUGUUUGAAAGAUGGAAUCAGCUUAGAUACUCUCUUUUUUAUAAUAUUUUUUUGAUAAAUAAUAAUAUUGGAGCUUCAUAUGAAAAUAUUAACACAUAUAAUAAUUCUAAUAUAAAUUCUAUAAAUGCUUAUAAUAAAUAUUUCAUAAAUUCUAUUUUUGAUUUACAUAAAUUUGCUACUAAAUAUAAAAAACACAAAUACCCACCUUUUGAAUAUAGCAUUUUUUUUAAACACACAAAUUUUAAAAAUAUUCAAUCUAUAACAUAUGAAAGUGAUGAUAAUAAAAGUGAGCCAUAUCCAACAAAUUAUUCUAAUAAAAAUAUUAAAACUUAUAAAGAUGAAAUAAAUCUAUUUGUUAAUGAUAAAGAUAAAUUUUGUGGAUUUUCAAACACAACAGAUUUAAAUAUUACUCCAAUAUUUUAUCAUUGUUGUAUUUGUUUUAAUGAUGAUUAUAAUAGUAUGCAGUUUUUUGAUGAAGAAGAUAAUGUACAAAAUGCUUCUCAAAAUGAUUCAAAUAAAAAUGUUAAAUCUAUUUCUGGGUUUGAUAAUAAUAAUAAUCAUAAUGCUAUAAAGGAAAAUAAAGAAGUUAAAAAAGAAGAACAUAUAAAAAAUAAUAUAAAAAAUUCGAUAAAUACAAAUGAUACUAAGAUAAAAGAUAAAGCACUUUUAGAUGAAAAUAAAACAAAAAAUAUAAAUAUUAGUGGAAAAAAUUGUAAAGAAAAUAUUUUAGAAAUUGAAAAUAAUAUAAAAAGUUGUAAAAAUAUUAUGUUAAAAUGUUAUAGAUGUUAUAUGCAUGCUCAUAAAUAUUGUUAUAUUUCAAUCAAAAAAAAUGAAGAUAAUAAUAGUAUAUCUAUUUUACAAAAUAAUAAUAUUUCGAAUCCUAAUGAAUGGUUAUGUCAAAGAUGUGAAUUUGAAAAAAAAACUUUAGGAACAAAUUAUUUAUAUUUAUUUGAUAGUAGCAUUAAAUGCUAUAUAUGUUUAGAAAGAGGGGGUGCAUUUUGUCAAAUUCAAGAUCACAUUUUUAUUCACAUUUUUUGUGCUAUAUUUUGUGUUCCAGAUUUAUUAGUAAAUAAUAAUAUUAACAUGCAAAAUUUUUAUGAAUAUAUUAAAUUAAAUAGUUUGCAUUUAAAUCAAGAAAUUUAUUCUUUAGUCCAGAAGAAAUACAAAGUUAAAAGAUUAAAAAUUAAAAAAAUAAUAGAGCCCACAGUAGAAGAACAUCUAAUAGAUUCUAUUCAAAGUAGUCAAACUAAUUUGGAAAAUAAUUAUAAUACAAAAGAAACUAAAUUAUUAAAUAAAACUGAAAUGUCUGAUUAUGGCCAAUCUUUAAUUCAAACUGAUGAUAAAACAAAUGAAAUAAUCAUACAAAAUGAUGAAAAAGAAAAUAAUUCUCAAAAUAACAAUAUAAUAAAUGCAAAUAAAAAAGGUAAAAAAAAAAAACAAGAUAUUAAUAAUUCAAAUAAAAGAACAAGAAAAAUAUAUGAAUUUUUUUCUUUUAUAAAAAAAGAUAAAGAAACAAAAUUAAAUCAAGGUGAAGAAGAUAAUGACAAUUUAAAAAAAAAAAAAAAAAAAACAUCUGAAAGUAGCGAUGAUGGAAACAUAAAAAAAGACGACUUAAAAGAUUCUAAAAACAUGAAAUGUAAAGAUGAAAACUUGGGUUCUUAUUUGGAAGAUGAAUCUCAUAUGUCUUCAGAUUAUCUUUCAUCAUCUUUAUCAGAAAUGUCAUUUUUUUCUAAAUUUUCUUUAAAAGAAGAUAAUACAGAUGAUCAAGAAAUAGAAGAAAAAAAAAAAAAAAAUUAUAAUACAAUGAAAAAAAAAAUAAUAAAAGGACCAUAUAUUUUAAACGGAUAUGAACACGAAACAACAAGAUGUAAUGUUUGUUUAAAAACACAAGGAAUUUUAAUGAAAUGCUUCAAUAUGGAUUGUGAAAAAUAUAUGCACCCAUUGUGUGCAUUUAUGUGUGGAUUACAUAUUAAAUGUAAAAAUUCAAAUAAAAAAUUUUUAAAUUUCCAAAAUAAAAUCGAUUAUUGUUUUCCUCGAAUAUUUUUUUUUAUUAGAUGUAUUAAUCAUUCAGUUAAAAAAUGUGGGGUUGUAAACAUUUAUGAAGAAUUAAUUAAAAGAAGACGGAAAUAUCUAAAUAGAGAUUUAUAUCCAAAUAUAUAUGAAAAUAUUAAAAAAGAAAGAAAACAAAAAAAUUCAUUAAAAUUAAAAAUUCGAAAUAAUAACUUGGCAACAUCUAAUAAUAAUAAUAAUAAAAAUGACGUGUUUGAAGUUUUAGCAUAUAAUUUUAAUUAUUUAUAUCCUUAUCAAUAUAGCUUUUUUCUUUUGCCAAAUAUCUAUUAUAUAAAAAAUGAUAUCUGCUCUGUUUGCUUUACAAAAAAUAAAAAAAAAGAAUUAUUAUAUUGCAAAUACUGUAAUGUUUGUGUACAUAAAACAUGUUAUUUAGUCGAUACUUCAUAUAUUGAAUAUUUUUAUUAUAAAAAAAAAAAAAAAAUUCACACAUUUCUUGUUCAUAGUAAAGAACAAAAAGUUAAGCAUUUAUUAUUCAAAAUUAAGGAUAAAAAAAGAAAUAUUAUUAACAUGUUAAAAAACAAAGAUUCACAAUCCAUUGAAGAUCAAAUUUCUAUUUCUCAAAAUGGAGAAGCAAAUGAUGAAAAUAAUACAAAUGGAAAAAAUGAAGAUAUAUGCCAAAAAAUAGACAAAGAAACAACUAUAAAAAAUUCGAAUACUUUUAAAGAAUUAUUACAAAAUGAAAUAAAUAGCUGUUUAAACACAGCUAGCCAUUUUAAUGAUAUUGAAUGUGUGAAAAUGAUAAAAAAAUUUAAUAAAAAAUCAAACUCAUUUAAUUAUUUAAAAAAAGAAGAAGAAAAAUUAUUAACAGAUUUAGAAGAUGUAGAAGAACAUAAAUUAUUUAUUUGUGAUAUUUGUGCAAAUAAUUAUAACUAUGAAAAUGCUAAUUGCAUAUUAUGUAGUAGAAAAGGUGGAGCUAUCAAAAUAGUUAAAAUAAAUGAUUAUAUAAAAACUGAUAAAAAUAAAAAUAAGAAAAAUAAUUUUUUAAAACAUGAAAAAAAUUCAGUUUUUAUUCAUAUGCAAUGUGCUUUAUAUUCUCCACAAAUUAUUAUACACGAUAUAUCAGAAGAAUAUUAUCAAUUAUAUAAUUAUGACAAUUUAGCAAAUAAGGAACAAUUUGUGAAUAAACAAAAAAAAGCGGUACAUUCUGAUUCGGAAAUUUUACAAUUAAAUAAAGAAAGUUAUUAUGAUAAAAAACAAAAGAUGUUAAAUGAAUUUUUUUAUAAACAAUAUACAUAUACAAAUCUUAAAAAAUCAGAUAAAACUAAUUCUUUAAAUAUAAAAAAAAAUAGUUCGAUAGGUGCCCCAAGAGGAAGACCACCAUUAAAUAAUACAUCUAUAGAACCCAUAUCAGAAAAUAUUAAAGUUACAUCUAAAAAUAAUAGUUACGAAAAUAAAUUUAAUAAAAUGGAGUUGGGAAAAUCAGGUCUAUUUGAUUCCCCCAUAAAUGUAGAAAAUAAAAAUAAAGAUGAUGAAGAAAAUGAAGAAAAUGAAGAAGAUGAAAACGAAUAUGAUGAAAAAAUAAAAAGAAGAAAAAAAACUAAUGAAACAGAUUCUUUAAAUAAAAUAGAAAAAAAACAAAAUGAUCUUAAAAUUACAAAUUUUGAUCAAAUCGAUGAACAAGUUAUUCAAAUAAAAAACAAUAACACUAUUAUUCAUAGUCAACCAAUUUUAACGAAAUAUAAUAUCAUAAAUCAAAAAGAACCUGUACAAACAACUGAAAAAAGGCGAGGACGAAUGCGAAAAUCGCAAUCUGUGAAUAACAAUAAAAAGGAAGUACAAUCAAUAGAGCAAAUAAAAAGAGAAUCAGAUUACAAAAUAUAUUCUAUAAAUAAUGGAUUUGGUGAAAUAGUUAAAAGCGAUAAUAUUAAUUUUAAGAUAAACAAUUUAAAUGACAAUAAUAAUAAUACAUCUAUGAUAUUAGAUGGAAUAACUUAUAAUAAUAGAAUAAAUAAUAAUUGUUAUUAUAAUUUAAACAAAAAAAAAAAAAAAUAUAAAAUAAUAAUAAAAGAUCAAUUAAAAAGAUACUUAAAUAAAAAUACAUGUUAUAUAUGUAAUAUGACUUAUGGAUAUACACAUAAAUGUAUAGAAAGUUCAUGUAAUAAUUAUUUUCAUAUUUCUUGUGCCAAAAUACAUAAUUUUUUUUUCGAAUAUGAUUAUAAUUUUUUAAAAGCACAUCCUAAUAUCACAAAUUUAGAUAUAACAAAAAUUCCCAAUUCAAUUAUAUUUUGUGAAGUUCAUUCUAAAAAUCGAAGAAAAGCAAAACCAUCUAUCCAACUUUUUUCAAAAUUACGAUCUUUUCUUGAACUUGCUAAUAUUGUUGUAAAUCAAAUUAAAAAAAAAGAAGAAAUAAAAUAUAAUUGGAUACAAAAUUAUUUUGAACAAGGAAAGAUAGAAAUGCAAUCAUCUAAUUAUAAAUAUAAUAACAAUAUUGAAGAUAAAAAUACAAAACUUUUAACAAUUACUGAUGAUCUUAAUUAUUGUGAAAAUAACAUAAAUGAUAAUAAUUUUAACUAUAAAUAUGAAGUUAAUUGGGAAAAUAAUUAUACAAAUUUGAAUAAUAAGGAUGAAAAUAUUCUUAAUUCCUCUAUUAACGAUCAAUUUAACUCUGAAAUUUCAAAAAAAGAAUAUAACAAAAAUUAUUUUAUUAAAAAAAAUAUUAUGAACGAUCUUGAUAUUAUUGCUGAUCAGCUCAAAAGCGAUGAAAGUAAUUUAUUUGAUGAUAACGAAAGUGAUAUAAAUGAUAGUGAUUAUACUGAAGAAAUGGAUAAUAAAAAUAAAGAUCUUAAUAAUAAUGAUGAUUCCUCAAGUAUGGAUGAUUUUAAAGAUGACAACAAUUCGGAAUAA